GAAAGGGUGGAAUUGGCUCCAGCGUUUGGGCCGUGGACCUGAAAAGCAUCUGAAGAAGUGUAGAAGGAAACAAAAACUGUCUCUAUGAGCUCCUGGUUCCAGUUAAUUACAAUGGAUAUUUGUAAGGCACAUGAAAAUGCCUCCAAAUGCAGUGUGAACACCAUGCAGUGCUUCAUGGUCCUCAGCACGCAAGCGCAGAAAAUAAGCAUUGCCACACUGUGUGGCCUCUUUGGGACACUGUGCAUUUUUGAGAACUCUUUGGUGCUGUACUUGAUCUUCUCUUCCCCUGGGACCAGGAGAAAGCCUUCCUACAUCUUUAUCAGCAGCCUGGCCUUGGCUGACAUUCUGGCCAGCAUCAUCUUCGUCUGCAGUUUUGUUAACUUCCACGUCUUUAAUGAAAUUGAUUUCUCUAAAGAAACGUUCCUGCUGCAGCUGGGCGGGGUGAACACGUCCUUCUCCGCCUCCCUGAGCAGCUUGCUGCUGACAGCCCUGGACCGUUACAUCUCCAUCAGCCGUCCCUCCGAAUACAAGCUCCUCAUGACAAGGAAAAGAGCUUGGAUAGCCCUGGUGGUGCUCUGGGUGACAUGUGCGACCAUUGCUUCCCUGCCCCUCCUGGGCUGGAACUGCUGCACACUCAAUUCAACCUGCUCAGAGCUAUUCCCGUUUGUGGAUGACAAAUAUCUGUCGAGCUGGAUCUGCUUCAUCAUGGUCCUGCUGGGGUGUAUCAUCUACGCCUACACGCACGUGCUAUGGAGGGCUCACCAGCACGUGGCCUACAUGGAGAAGUACCAAGCACAGGUGGGAAAGCAAAACACCAGGAUGAGGAUGGAUGUCAUGUUGGCCAAGACCCUCGUCAUGGUCUUGACUGUCCUCGUGCUGUGCUGGUCUCCGAUCCUCGUUCUCAUGAUCUACAGCAUCUUUGCUAGGCUGAGCAAUCACCUGCGCAAGGUGUUUGCCUUCUGCAGCACCCUCUGCCUGCUCAAUUCCAUGGUGAACCCCAUUAUUUAUGCCCUGCGCAGCAAAGAACUAUAUUCCUCCCUGACGAUGGUCUUUUCUCGCUUCAGGAGGCAGCUGAAGGCCUCUGAGGAAAGCCCAGAAGUAGAGAGCACCCACAAGUCCUCCGUGAUAGAGACCGCCUGCGAGGACAUGCGUGUAAUGUAGGGAGACAGUCAUGGAAAGUCCAUGCUCGGACUGGCAGAAACAGUCUGGAUCACUUUUCUUUUUCCUUUAUCUUCUUAUGGAGGUCCUGGGACAUGAGGGAUCAGAUGCCUGUCAUGGAGCCAGCUCCCACUGAUGUUAUUCUUAGGUGCUGGGACAAAAAGUGCACAGACUUACACAGGCAGACGGUCCCCAAGCUGCAGAGAUACUGGUGCCACGUCAGUGUGCCAGCUAUGAGGCAGCAGAUAUUGCCAUGCCCCAGAACAGCAGAUCCUACCAUUUUAUGACAAAUCCUCCUGCCUGUCCUCCUGCCUGUCCACCGGUAACCUCCUAACCCGUUUUUUCUUAUAUUCAGCGGUGUCUUCCUUACAAUUCCUUAAAAUAUAGCUAACCUCAAGUAAAACGCUCUGCAGACCUUCAGUUUCUCUAGAAAUCCCCUGGCAUCACAUAACUCUCUCUAAACCCCUUAACUGAGCACAGCCAGAGUUGUACGAGCACCGUCAGCAAACUGCUAAUAGCACAUCGCUACGUAGCAGAGGUACAUCGAAUGCUCGAAUGCUGUCCCCGGGUGUUAUGUAUUAGCAGCAUGGUGACGAAAGCACUUCAGGUCCUGGCAAAGGUCGCAGAGAACACCACCGAGUCGUGAUGAGGUCGUGGUGAUGGUUCAUGCCUCGCUACAUCAUUCGGCAGCAGGACCAGCAGCAGGAGGGACCUCAGCCCUUGCUGGGAAAGGUGCAGAUGAUUUCUCUGGACUCGCUUGCAGAUGGUCCUGCCUAAUCCUGUCUCACAGUAUUUAGGGUCGUGUUGAUGUUAGCAUCUAAUUCUUCAUGGAAAACUGAAAUGCUCUCACUGUGGUUUAUGGACUCUGCCAUAGUUGAGGAUUUCGAGGUGGACCGGACCCUGCAGGGCAGUGUGUUUCUUUCAGCAAAUUUAAGGAAAGCUAACCUGUGCCACGCAGGCAUUUUUUGGAUGUUAUGUGAUUAAACAUUAAAGU